ACAAUGUCCAAACUUGAGGGACUUAAAAAGAAAAGAAAUUAGGAUAAGAAUGGCUGAGUUGUUCUUUCUUUUUCUUCUUCCUUAUCCGCGUGAUCUGCUCUUCUUCUUCUCCACUGCACCCGACAAGCCCCCCAAGCCACCGACUUUCUUCCCCCUUGAGAAACCCGGUGGGAUCUUGAUGAAUUCUCUUCCUUUCUUGUUAAAUCACAAGAUUUGGGGCUUAGAAUCUUCCCUCUCAACCCAGAAAAUCCCGGAUCUGCUCUGCUCUUCUCCCCUGUCCGCCGGCGGCUAUGUGGGUUUGAAUUUCUGGGCAUUUUUCGGUCCGUGAGUUUCCUGCAGCUUGCCGCCGGCCUCUUCUUCUCCCUGCUAGGUCCGGUUCUUGCUGGAAAUUUCUGGUAUGAUGGCCACUUCUUUAAGCCCUAAAUUAGCCAUUUAAUUGCUGCCUUGUGUGUGUCCGAAUUGUGCCAGAAAUGGGGAGGAAUUCCGGUAGCAUUUAGUAGCAUUUUAAAUGUGUUUUAAGCUUGAUUAAGUAGAAUUUAGCUUGAAUUAGCUGCUGUGAUGUUUUGUGUGAAAAUCCCGUGUGUGUGAAUUGUGAUUUGCCAAAGUUAUGCUCUCCCUGUGCUGCCGUGGGAAAUGGGAAAAUUUUGGUAGAUUAAGUUAUGUUUUUAAGCUUGGUUUAAGUGUAAAUUAGCUUGGAUUGGGUUGUUGUGAUUUUGGAGUGAAAUCCCGUGAAUUAGCUAGUGUUUUGGCCAAAUUGUGGAAGUCGGAGUUACUGUUCACGUCGUGAGAACUGUUCGCGGGUACUGUUCAUAGGCACUGUUCACACCCCGAGAGUCGACAAUUAACGGGGAUUUAAAUGAUUAGUUUGUGAUAUAAGAACGAAUUUG